AUGGAAGCCAUCAAGAAGAAGAUGCAGAUGCUCAAGCUCGACAAGGAGAACGCCAUCGACCGAGCGGAGCAAGCGGAGGCCGACAAGAAGCAGGCCGAGGACCGCUGCAAACAGGUGCCCGCCCGCCCAGCCCCACACAGGCCUCUUGGCGCCCACUCCCCAGAAGGGCAGACCCCCAGGAGGAACCACACCUCACUAGCCCCCUCCAUCCCCGACAGUUGGUCUGGGUGGACACUUUGCCAGGCAAGACCCCCACCCACUAGCUGUGAAUCCGCUUCCAGCUGCCCGGACUAAGUCAGGCAGAUGCCCUCCCAACUCCCACCGCUGGGCUCCCAUCUCUGGAGGCUCCCCACCCCAGAUAAUCCUGAGUGCAGGAAUGCCCUCCUGCCCCCCCCCCCCGCUCCUUCCUUACCCCGGGCACCCCCUUUCCCGCCGGGUAGGAGCGAGCAGCAGCGCAUCGGCCUCCCGCUGACGCUCCCCUCUCUCUCUCCCCGACCCCCCGCAGCUGGAGGAGGAGCAGCAGGGGCUGCAGAAGAAGCUGAAGGGGACGGAGGAUGAAGUGGACAAGUACUCGGAGGCCGUCAAGGAGGCCCAGGAGAAGCUGGAGCUGGCCGAGAAGAAGGCCGGCGACGUAAGUCCGGCUCGCGGGGCGGAGGGGCGGUAAGGGAAGGCGCAGGCAGGCAUGCCCUCGGAGGGCCAAUCCUGCCCGGGCCAGGGUGGGUGGCGCCGAGGAGCAAGGGCAUAGGGAACUGGGCCCCUCCAGGUAUUCCGGGCUCGUUAAGCCCCGAGCAGCUGCCCGCCAGUGGGGCCUCCCGCCUCCCUCCCUCCCCGAGGAUGAAUUGAGCCGUCACUGGGCCAUUAAGACGGGGCGGGCGGGCAGGGGAGGCUCCGGGCGCGGGCCUUGGCACCCGCGCCGCCCAUCAAGUUGUCAAGGCAUUCCUGGGCGCUCGUUAGCUGAGGGUCUCCCCGGGGCCAGGAAGGGGCUCUUGGCGCGGGAGGUGGUGACACGGCGUGCUCCUCCGGCCAGGCCGAGCUCCAGGGAGCGACAGCUGCGAGGGCUUUAA